GGUUCCUGCAUAAGAAUUGAGAACAACGAGAGCACAGUGAGUGGAGGCAAGAUGGUCAUCGUGUUGUUCAUUCGAUUCUCUUUACACUUUGUACGUAUAUGACGUUGCAUUUUGAUAGAAGUCAAUCGGAAAAGUACAAGUGACGGAGUGAUAAUGGGUUUCAUCUCUUCGGAGUCUCCAACAAUUCCCGAUUCGUCUUCUUUCUCUCUCUUCCUCUACAUAAUCUGCCGUCCUCCUUGAGCCUUCAAAACUCCCACCACUUUCAUCGUUUUCUUCUUCCAAUUUCCAUCUCCAACAUGAGCAAUUUCGAUUCAUCUCCGCAGAAUCAGCAGGAUACAUAUAUUCGUUCUAGAGAUAAUCCAUUCUUUGAUGGCCUCGUAAGAUCUACGCUUGUAAGAGCUGAUGACAAGGCUCCCUUGGAGUGUCAAAGGAUAUCAAUCAGCAGAAAUGUUUACAGAUCUUUGUCAGAUAGGGUUGACGCUAGACUCAACAAAAAUGACACGGAUAUACCUGAAAAGGUCAUGGACUUGCCACCGGAAAAUUUAGCAAUCUCAGGUUUCAAUUCUAAAUCUGUUGAACGCUCUUCUUCUGAGAAGUGGUUCAAGAACAGUCAAAUUAGUCCAUUUAUACAACUAGAUAUUCAGACUGAAGUGAAGGAAUUAUAUUCAAAAUAUCUUGGUGAUAGCUGUAGCCCUGGGAAUCCUGAGCCUGUUGAAGAGCAUAAUGCAUUUGAAGCAUCUCCAAAAGUCAAAAUUGAAAAGACAUACAUUGUCUCUGAAACAGAAGAAAAUCUGUCAAGUAUCUUGUUUCCACGAUCUGCAGGUUUAUAUUAUAAUGGACUUUCACCACAAUUGGAAAUUGUCGAAUCAUGUGAAAGCAUUAUCAAGCUGAAUGCUUAUUUGAGAGAAAGAAAAGAUGAUGUCAAUGCUGGCGUCCCUGGGAGAUUCUUACAUGCUGAUGGUGCGGAUAAUGCUGAUGUUGGAACUGUUGCUUCAACCAUCAUGUAUGCCUUCUACCUAAAUGAAACUUUGAGAAGUGAUCAAUUCUGCACGGUGCCAAUCAUUAACAUAAAGCGGGCAAAUCUCGGUUCCCAUGCAGAACUCAAGUGGUUGCUUGAUUCAUGUCAAAUUGAUCAGUCUUCCUUAAUUUUUGCAGAUGAGAUUGAUCUGUCAUAUUAUGAUCCAUUUGGAAGUCUUAAGAUAGUUCUAGUGAAAAGCAGCAAAAUUCCCUAUAAGCAAGAGAAAUUAAAACAUGCUGUGGUUGAAAUCUUUCACUGCAUAAAGGGUGACACUGUAUAUCCUUGGGUUAAAACUGUCACUAGAGGGGAGAAAUGCUCUUGCUGUACUGCCAUAGCUGAGAAGCUCGCUGUGUAUUCACCUGAAAUUCUGUCUAGCAGAUCAUUCAGUAGACUUUUGUUGGCUGGUAUCCUUUGGGAUACUGCAAAUCUGAAAGACCCUCAUUGCACAUCCAUAGAUAAGUACAUGACUUCACUAUUGCUCAAUGGUGCUGGCCGUUUUGGAUGCAAUGGUCUCUACCAAUUAUUGAAAUACAAGAUGCAUGAUAUUUCUACUCUACAACUAGCAGAUAUCUUGCAAAAAGAUUUUAAGAAGUGGACAGAACUAGAAAGAUCUGAUGCAAGAUCACUGUCGGAUAUUGGCAUGAGUUGUAUUGGAGUUUCAAUUGGACAGCUUCUCUCCCAGCCAGCACAUCUAGUGCAAGAAAUACAAUACUUCCAAUUGUCAGAGAAACUUAAGGCGCUUAUCAUUGUUUCGGGGUACUACAAUGAGGAGAAGAACUUCAAGAGAGAAAUCUUGGUUUCUGCUGAAUCUGUGAAGCUACUGGAGAGCAUGAUCUUUUUCUUUGAUUUCAAUGCAUCCCGGCUGCCACUUAAAAGUUUAAAUAUACCAGGUCUGAAAAAGGAGAUGAAAGCUUUUGAGAUUGAUAAGAUUACACCAAGGAAAAACGAUAGAAAAUCUGAUAGAAGAGUUUGUUGGGAUAAGAAAAGCCUAAGGCAGGUUCCAGAGCUAAAAAAAUGUGAGUAAAUUUGGUGAUAAUCAGCUUAUUUGAAGCCAGGAAAACAGAGACAAACAAAUGGGUCCAUGAAUAGUAAGAAAAGCGUCAUGACAACCUACUUUCACUUCAAAUGAUUACACUUGCUGGUUUAGCAUGUGAUGAUGUUUCAAAGUGAGUACUGUAUUUUGUAACGGAAGCUUAGUUUUGAUAUUCAUUGAUAGAUAUGGUGAACUUUAUAGGCUUCAUUGAAUUUUGAAGGUGUUUAUCACAAUCGAAGUUUAUAAUUUAUAAACAAGAAUAACAUCAUAUCAUUUAUGGUUA